AUGAACAUUCAUCUUCGUCGUUAUCUAUUUCGUUUUAUUAUUUUUCUACCUGUUGCUUGGCUUUUAAUUAUACUGAUAGUUUUACAAUCGAAUGAGAUAACAACAAACACAUCAAGUAAUGCAAAAUUAAAAGAUAAUAACUUGAAUCAUCGUGUAGGUCGUGAAGCAGAUGAAGCUGAUGCAUUUGGCGGUGAUGCAUUAGUACGUUUAGGUAAUCAUAUAGUACCGCUUAAUAAUAAAUCAGCAAAUGGUCAACCAUCAUCGUCAAGUGAAGCUGUCCGUGUUAUACAUGAGAAACCAGAACAAGUUGCUGCACCACAAUUAGAAAAUCCAAAACAAGAUUUAAAUGCCCCAGGUGAAAUGGGUAAAGGAUUUGAAGUUAAUAAAGAUAAAUUAGCACCAGAAGAACGUAAAAAAUAUGAUGAAGGCUUUCAAAAAAAUGCAUUUAAUGCUUAUAUUAGUGAUUUAAUAUCGAUACAUCGUAGUUUACCUGAUGUACGUGAUCCUGGUUGUAGAAAAAUUCAAUAUAAGGCACCACCAGCAACAGCCAGUAUUGUUAUGUGUUUUCAUAAUGAAGCAUGGUCAGUAUUAUUACGAUCGGUUCAUUCAAUUAUUGAUCGUACUCCACCAAGCUUAUUAAAAGAAAUUAUUCUUGUUGAUGAUUUUUCUGAUAUGGAACAUUUAAAAAAGCCUCUUGAUGAUUACUUAAAACCUCUUGGCAAAGUGAUAGUUGUACGACAAAGUAAACGCGAAGGUCUUAUUCGAUCACGUUUAGCUGGUGCUGCUGCUGUUACAGGGGAUGUGAUAGUUUUUCUUGAUUCACACAUUGAAGCAACUGAAGGUUGGCUUGAGCCUCUGUUGGAUCCAAUAUCAGAAAAUCGUACAACAGUUGUAACACCUGUUAUUGAUGUUAUUGAUGAUACAACUUUUAAAUAUAAUUAUGGCGCUGUAACAUCAUUAAGUGUUGGUGGUUUCGAUUGGAAUUUACAAUUCAAUUGGCAUGGUGUACCUGAACAUGAACGAAAAAGACGAAAACAUGAAUUAGAACCAGUUCGAACACCGACAAUGGCUGGUGGACUUUUUGCAAUUAGUAAACGUUAUUUUGAAGAAGUAGGAACAUAUGAUGCUGGAAUGGAUAUUUGGGGAGGUGAAAAUCUUGAAAUGUCGUUUCGUAUUUGGAUGUGUGGAGGUACUCUAGUUACUGCUCCAUGUUCACACGUAGGUCAUAUAUUUCGAAAACGAUCUCCUUAUAAAUGGUUACCAGGAGUCAAUGUUGUAAAGAAAAAUGCUGUUCGUGUAGCUGAAGUUUGGCUUGACGAAUAUAAAAAAUAUUAUUAUGAAAGAUUUAAUUAUGAUCUAGGUGAUUUUGGUGAUGUUUCUUCGCGGAAAUUACUGCGACAAAAAUUACAAUGUAAAUCUUUUAAAUGGUUUUUAACGGAAGUUUAUCCAGAACAAUUCAUUCCUGGCGAUGCAGUAGCUUCGGGAGAGAUUCGAAAUUUGGGCGCAGCUUUUUGUGUUGAUGGAAGUACUGAUCAUAAAAAUUAUCAUAAACCAGUUAUUGGAUAUCCAUGUCAUUCUCAAGGUGGUAAUCAGUUUUUUAUGUUUAGUAAACUUGGAGAAAUUCGUCGAGAUGAUGGUUGUCUCGAUUUCUCAGGUGGUUUUAACGAUGCUAAUAAGGAUGAUAAAAUUAUUGUCUAUCCGUGUCAUGGCAUGAAAGGAAAUCAACUGUGGAUUUAUAAAGAGAAUAAUCAAUUGCAUCAUCCGGUAUCAAAUUUAUGUAUGACAAUAUCUGAAGAUAAUAAACAUCUUCGAAUGACUCAAUGUGAUGACAAUAAUCAACGCCAUAAAUGGUCAUGGAAACGAAAGCCACUCAUCGAGACGACUAAGGGUUAA